AUGCGAGCGGCUGCUGCAUUCCUGCGCGGGUUCAAGAACAACGCGGUAGUCGUCCUGCCACCUCCCAAAAAGAACCAAAAACAAACAGUACCUGAUCCGACGUUGGAAGCCAUUACUGCGAUGGUCCAGACGCAUGAUUAA